AUGUCGCGGUCUAUCAAGAUCACCGCUGCAAUCUUUCUGCUGCUCCUGGUUGCGCAAGCGGAAUGCCAGGGGUGUACGCCGUCGAGCGUCAGCGUCGAGCAGACCAACACCGGGAAGAAGGUGGACGGGAUUGACAUGGUGUUUCAGGUGACGGUGACCAACCGGUGCCGGUGUGCCGUGAGCAACGUCUACCUUCGGUCCAACGGCUUCUCUAGCUUCACCCCUAUCGACCCAAAGCUCUUCCGGCGGAACGGGUCCGCCUACCUCCUCGGCGGCGGCCGGCGGAUCCCGAGCUCUGAGUCCGUCACCUUCCAGUAUGCUUGGGGCCAUUACUUCAAGAUGGCGCCAGCGAGUGUGCAGGCCCAAUGCUAG